AUGCCGUCCAUCCUCAACGACGAGGACAAGGACACCGUGAAGCGGUUCGUCCCCAAGCAGUCCAACAAGAUCCAAGCCGUCGCCGUCGCCAAGCUAUACGUCGCCUACCCGGACCCGACAAAAUGGACGUACACGGGCCUGCAAGGGGCCGUUGUCCUGGCGAAUGACCUGGUUGGCAACACAUACUGGCUCAAGAUGGUGGAUAUCUCGCCGACCACCCGUGGCGUCAUCUGGGACCAGGAAAUCUUUGACAGCUGGAGCUACAACCAGGACCGAACCUUUUUCCACACCUUUGAGCUCGAGGACUGCCUUGCCGGCCUCAGCUUCGUCGACGAAAAGGAAGCCAAGCAGUUCAAGAAGAAAAUGGACGAUCGAGAAAAGAAUGCGAGCCGCGCCACGAAAUCUACGCCGUUUGGAGGAGCAGGAGCAGGAGGCCAGACCAAGGAGAAGCACAGCCUGCUCGGUGGCCUCUUCCACCGCCACUCUUCCGCGCCGACUCCCGACCCCGUCCGCACGAGCAGCCUUCCCCCGCCGCCGCCCGGGCCGCAGCACUCGUCGUCGACGCUGAUGAAUGGCAGCAGCUUCGGGCUGCUGCCGACGCAGUCCGAGUUUGCGCUGCUCGACGCCUUUGAUCCGCUGUGGCGCGAGCACUUUGGCAAGGACCUGAGCGACAAGGGCUUGACGGACGACUUUAUCAAAGAAAACCAGGAGUUUAUUGUCGACUUUCUGCGCGAGGAGCAGGAAAAGAUGAAUGGCGGAGGGCUCGACACAUCGUCAGCAGCGGCACCACCACCACCACCGCCCGCACCGCGCACCAACGGCAGCAGUGGCGGCGGACGUGCUCCUCCUCCUCCACCACCACCACCCGCAGGCUCGGCCAAGAAGAAUGGACCUCCCCCGCCGCCGGCGCCGCGAAGAUCGACAAAAGCCGAUACAUCAACACCCGAGCCGCGAUCGCCGUCCCCCCCAACAUCCCCCCCCGAACCCGAACGACCCAGGUUUCGCGCGCCGCCGCCGCUGGCCGAGGCUGGCAAGUUCGCCAACCUGCCCGAGCCAGUCAAGCGACGACCGGUUCCCUCGACACCCUCAGCACCGUCUCAGGCCCCCGGCGCAGGCCCCCCUCCUCCUCCACGACCUGCCAAGACGCCAUUGGAGCCCGACUCUCCCCAACGCGCGCAUGCUGUUCCUCCUGCCUUCACCGGACAGCGCGCACCAUCCGGACCACCAGCACCCGCACUGCCCAGCCGCGGCGGUCCUCCUCCCCCCCCUCCUCGAAACGACUCACACGCAGCUCCGGCGCCUCCUCCUCUGCCACCGAAAGUUGCACCUGGCGGCGCACCACCACCUCUUCCUCCCUCCAGCAGCCGACCCAUCCCACCACCUCCUACCGCUGGCGUUCCUCCUCCUCCAACUUCUGCCGGCAUUCCUCCUCCACCUCCUCCGCCUCCUCCUCCUGGCGGUGCCGGAGGCCCUCCUCCCCCUCCACCACUACCCCCGACUGGCGGUGGUGGUCCUCCUCCCCCUCCUCCUCCGAUGCCGCCGCGCGACAACGGGCCCCCACCACCAGCUCUGCCCAAGCCCGAAGGCAGCCGAGCAGCCGUGAUGGGCGAUAUCCAAAAGGCGGGUGGCAUUGGCGCGCUGAAAAAAGUGGACAGGACCCAGAUCCGCGACCGAAGCUCUGCGCAGGUGGGCGGCGCCGAGGGUGGUGCUGGUGGUAGCGCGGCAGCAGCGGCAGCUGGUGGCGCGGGUGCGGGUGCAGGCGGUGGUAUGGCAGAUGCGUUGGCAGCGGCGCUGCAGAAGCGCAAGGACAAGGUUGCCAAGAGUGAUGAUGAAGACGACGAUGACGAAUGGUAG